AAGACUUCCCAAACUAUAAAUUCACGUAAAGUUUGAAUUAGGGUUAGUAUUAUGAAACACAAAAACCAGCCAAAAACAUGCCAAUUCCUCAUGAAAUAAUUGUGGAGAUACUUCUGCGAUUACCUCUCGACUCUUUGAUGCAAUUAAGAAGCGUUUGCAAAGCAUGGCACUUAAUGAUUACCAAGGAUCCCCAAUUCAUUCAACACUGCGCUGAACAUCAACUGCGCUGGUUCGAACAUUUGUAUGAGAGACUGUCUCAUUUCGGUCUCCCCGAGCAUGUUCCAAAAUUCAAAAAGAAUCUUCAUUUAUGCAUGUGCCAACAAGGCCAAGCUGCUACGCAUCUAUUGAGCACUCCGGGCACUGAUGUGAAUGCUCAGCUGGAGAGAGCUUUGGAAUACACUGGCAUGUUCACUCUCCAUGCAGAGCUCAAGGAUCGAAUAUCCUAUGAAAGAUGGAUGGCGGCUGUGAGUAAUUUUGAGAUUCCUAACGAUUCUCCUGAAAUUCAACAGCGGCCUCCAAGGGUGUUGGAGUAUGUUAAAAAUGGAAUUCAAACUGAUGUCUAUGAAUAUGAUGAGGUGUAUGGGAAGUUGGUCCAUUAUGGUCUUGCGGUAUUUAUUAAUGAAUUGAAACAUCGGAUUUCAUUUCGGACGAAUUAUCUCGAGACUCAUCCUCAAUGGGCCGGAGUUGUUGAAAGCUCGCCUAUUUCUACGUUAGAGGUAUUGCGAUACAACGGACUUCACGAGCUACUGAAAUAUCUAGAGCUUCAUAUCGCCUUUAAUAAUGCAUGUGGCCGGAGAGAUGUUCCAAUUCAGCCUCACAUAUAAGGAAAAGUUUACAUAGCUCGAUUUCUUAAAAUUUGUAUAAAAAAUAAAAUGGCUUUUAGAACGGAAGGAAGGGAGUUCUUCAAUAGCAAGACAUUUUUUUCUA